UUUAAAAAAACCUCCCCAGAGUGCGAAAAACACUCGCUUUUGGAGUGCUGGCGAGCUCGCGAAACCUCUACGGUUUUUGCCCUACGGGGCAUGAGCAUGUGUGCGUGCGAGCCAAUCGCAUUGAAAUCAUCCACGUACAGAGUUUGUUUUGAUUCGUAGCAUUUGGCUAAUUGGGUCCGGACUGCUUUCGAGAAAAAGUACCAACAGAUUACUAAAUAGCAUUCAGUUGUUGCAAAAUAAUACUGCUUCGACUAAACUCCGGUGGCUUGGCUUUGGAACGCAUACUUUGGCUAAAAUGGAUGUAAGUGCCUUUUCCGGCGACGAUUUCGAUGUCAGCAGCUGGAUUAAUGCCUCCUACGAACGGUCUCAAAAGACAGCCACUGGUUCCGCGGGCAAGGAAGCGUUCGUAUCAUCGCUCGUCUCCAAGAUGCAGCUGUACGUCCAGCAGAUCAAUGUAGCCUUGGAGCAAACGGGCGGGCAAGUGCUGAAAAACAUCCCCAAGGUUAUCAGCGACGCGAACAUGCUGCAGAUUGAGUCGGGUUUGCUGAAGCAGCGCAUGAAUCAGGUACAACGCGAGAUUGCACAUCUGCAAACUGAAACCGGAGACUGUAUGGUUAGUCUCGAGCGGCUGGACGACAUCAAGCAACGGUUGCAAAGCUCCAAACAGUGCCUGCAGGAAGCCGACGGGUGGGGUAAGCUAGCAGGCGAGCUGGACGAUUUGCUGGAAAAGUCCGACAUUGAUGCAUCGAGCGGAAAGUUACUCUCCCUGCAGAAAUCGCUCGCCGCCCAGGUCGGCCUGCACGGGCAUUCGGAGCGCGAGAACCAGGUGGAAUACUUCAAGAACCGCCUGGAAGCUCUCGUUAGCCCUUCGGUCGUGGUAGCACUGCGCUCGAUGGAUACCGCUGCCUGCCGGCGAUACGUUGGCAUUUUCGAAGGAAUCGGCCGGCUAGCACAGUUGAAACAAUACUACCGCACGGUGCUGAAGACAUUCGUGCAGGAACAGUGGAGCAGCGCGAUCGAGGGCAGCGAAAGUGGCGGUUCGGAUGUGUUGAAGGAGUUUUACGACCAUUUGGUGGAGCUGCUCAAGAGCCAUCUGCGGUGGAGCUGUCAGUGCUUUGGUGAAGCUACCGAUUGUGUGCUGGCCGUCGCAGAUGCACUGGAGAACCUUGACCCCACACGCGAGAGUGUCGUACGCAGUGCACUCAAACGAGCCACCGACAAGUUCUGGACAUUGACACAAUUUUCCAAAGUGAACGUGUCGAUGGGCUCCCUAAUUGAGGGUUGGGUACGGGGAGGUCCUCAGCAAGAUAUUCGCUGUGACGAUGAGACCACCAUCGACCGACUAGCGAACUCUUUGUUUGUCUUCUUCGGAAUAUUCCUGAAGGAGUAUCCAACGCUCGAAAACUCCCAGCUCGAAGCGUCUCUUCAAGGUUUGACCAUCGUCGGUACGGCACCUGCCGACAGUGUUCACAAUUUGGAGAGCGCGAACGCUAAGAUUAUACGCUGGGCCCUGGAAGCGGUGACACGCUGCCAGGACAUUACACAAAACUGUGCGCUUCUGUCAUUGGGCAGCGUGCUGCAAAACUACCUGCUGACCUACUUAGAUCAGUACAACAAGGUGCAGAAGCAGCUCGCUGCCAGCCAGCCGAGCCAAACCGACUGGAACCUGCUGCAGCUGAGUGUCGUUUUGUUGCAAUAUCUUGGAUCCUUCCGACAGGCUGCCUACGAGCUGGAGCAAACAUUCUUGCAACAAGUCCUUACCAAACACUCUCAGCUCACUGCAGGCUCGGCACGAGCUCGCUUUGAAUAUCGGUUGAAUACCAAGGGCGAGUUUAACGAAUUACACAAACUUGCCACCACAUUCCAACAGACGUCCUCCGAGUCGGGCCGAGAGUAUUUUAGCGAGUUUCACCAGCGCAUGAAACGCACCUGCGAGGACAUUCACGAUACAAUGCUGCAGAUUGCAUUCUCUCCCAUAACGAAACACUUCAAACAGAUUGAGCCCGCUGCCACUGGCCCGACCGGGGCAGCCGGUGGUACAACGGCAAUGGACACACUGCCGGACUACAGCUACGCACCGCAGGAAUACAUCACGCUCAUCAGUCAGUAUUUGCUUACGCUUCCGCAGCAUCUCGAACCGCUGCUGUUGUCGCCGGCCGCUGCACUGAAAGCGGUGCUGGAGGUGGCAGACCAUCGGUACGCGUCUAACCGACCAUGUGCCGACGUGUUUCUUGCCCUCGUCGUGGAAGAGUCGGAAGCGUUGUACGUUGAGCAGAUAGAGAACAUUUGCUCGCUGAGCGUGUCGGGAGCGAAACAGCUGGCCACCGAUAUCGAGUACUUUGGCAGCGUGCUGGAAGAGAUGGGCCAAUCCCUGGGUGGUAACCUGCAACAAACGGUUAAACUUCUGCGCGCUCCUUUGGAGUCGUACGCAUCGGCAGCAACCGGAUGUGAUCCGGAGCUGGUUGCCGCCAUUCGUCAGAAGCGCAAUUUAAUAUCCUGUUGAGCGAUAAAGCCAUCACAAUCAAUAAAGAGUGGUGUCUGAAAUACGGUCA